AUGCAAUCUCUUCGGAUCCGCAGUCUCGAAUCAGAAGUUUCUCAUCUACUCUCCGAAAAUGUUUCGUUACGGGAGCAAGUGAUCACACUGAGUCAAGAGCUAGAAAGAUUCGAAGCGGCAAGGUCGCUUCAUGAGGGGAUCCAUAACAUCAAGUCCAGACUAGACAGCAAAUUGUGGGAACUGAAUCAUCUCGUCAGUGAAUUGGGCGCGCUACCGCGCAAAUUUGCCAAAUCGUGUGACGAUAGCUCAGAGGCUGCAAAUCAAGGCCACUCAAGAUUCCCAAUCACCGAAUCCACAAUGGAAGGACUGCAUUCUGGAAACAAAGCGGUGCCUGAGGAACAAGGGAGACUCCCAGCCAUACUAGAAGACAAAUGCUAUCCAAGAAAGACACUUGAAUCACAGGAGAUACAGAACCUUGUUGAUUGUAAGCAAGAAAUUUAUCCAUUGCAAGAGUCGGGGGAAGCCCCAUCUUUAUCGGGGAUGAUCAGCGAUGGCGAGAUCAGCCCUGAAGAUUCACCAAGGAGAUCUGAGAUUAUCGAGACAGCAAGCACUGAUGGGGAUUUCGAUGAGACAGCGUUACCCCCAACUCUUGAGACAAGAAAGAGAAAAAAGCCGAAUGUCGCUAGCACAACUGACUUUCAUCUCGAGAGAGCAACUUCUUCGGAGCGGGGCAAGGCAAACUCCGCGUCUAAAACUGGGACCAAGAGGAAGUUUAGCACAGAUUGUGUUGAAGAAUAUGAGCAUAUACCUGCAGGCGAUGAUGACUUUCAAUUUAGACGCCCAUGCCACCCAGCACCGAGAGAGAAUGAUCAACCUGUGUCUAUUCGCGAAAGGGUUUCACCGCUGCGAGAAGAAGCUCAGCUGAAGCCGAUUCCCAACUAUCAUGAUGUGCCUCGGCGUAAAGUACUUAAGCCAAAAAACGCCAAUCUUAGCAAUAUUUCCCCAAAAAAGGGGUAUCCUACUGAUAUCAAGAAUUGUGACCGCAAAAAAGCAUCAGAACAGAAGGACGAUAAGAAAAAGCUCAAUGCAGUACAAAUUAAGCAAGGAAAGAACACACAAAAAUCAGAAGUCUUGGACCAAGGAUUUCCCUUUGACCGGCCGGAUAGAGUUGAACUUGAUGAAAGCGACUCACAAAAUGCUGUUGAAUUUGCCGACCACGGAGCUCAAAAAUUAAGAUUAUCGUCGCCUGCAAUUUCUGGCCGCCAGGAUAAGAAUGAAGGAAUAAUUGAAGUGUCCAGCGUUCCCUCGCGCCCGACCAGACGUCAGAGAUCUGUCGUAAGCUAUGCAGAACCGAAUCUGAGAGACAAAAUGCGUCGACCGACAAACGAAUUUGUUCCUGCUGUCGCACGCGAACACUUGAGGAAACCUCCAAGCACAGAUGCCAAUCAGGACGCUACUAUUGGUGAAGGGCUACAAAACAACGUGACCCAGGUAGAGCAAUCAUAUGAAACCUCUGAGGCCUUUGAUACAGCUCUACAAAAGCCCACGGCUGGCUCAACGAAGUCAUCCCUAAACACGGUUUCCCGGAGAAAAAGAAAGACUAUACCGCCAAAGAACACGCUGUUCCUUGGGGAUGUCGAUAACAAUCAGUGUAUCGCUGAGCGACUUGUGGGCGCCGAUGAGUUUGAUGGAAGCUUUCAAGACAACGGUUUGGAGCACGAACUCGCAAAUGACGAUUUGACUAGCGCUAGCGAAACAACCUCGACGACACUCCUCACAGUCUAG